ACAAUUCUUUUCUCCACUAGCAGUGCUGGAGGACAACAUUUAAAGAGAAGUGCCAACGGAACAUGCUUCCAUGCCACGUUUCGUCAAAGGAAAGCUGAAUCGUGCUGGCAAUUAACUUCCGGUAACAAAUGUUCGGUAAAAUGGCGGUGAAAACAAAUUGAUAUUAACUCUACAUAGUACACGCAGAAAUUUGAUUUAUGUAAAGAAGUAUUUAAGUAAUUUUUUGUUAACAUUACUUUAUACCCACGCAAAUACAUACGUAGAUUAUGUCAAGCAUUACUUCGAUUUUAAACUAUCAAAAGACUCUUCACUUUAUAUGCAUCAAAAUAUUACGUUAAAUUGAAGAUUGAAUCCAUUAUUCGUGUUCAUCAAUUCUUUGUCUCAUCAUAUUUAUUGUUGAUACACUAUUUAUAUGUAUAAUGGCUGCAAAAGUAUAUCAACCGGACCAAGAAUUAGAGACGAAGGUUAAAAAAGCUACAGAGCGUAUUUCUGAAAAUAUGCACAUAGUUGCAAAUGAACCAUCACUUGCUUUCUAUAGACUUCAAGAACAUGUACGGAAAGCAUUGCCUCCUAUGGUAGAGAAACGUGUUGAAGUACUUACUCUCCAGCAACAACUUUUAGGUAGAUGUUAUGAUGUAGAGUAUGCAGUAAGCGCUAUUAAAACGAUGCACGGUGCUGGGAAGAGUUUUGAGAACACUCUGGAAUUCAUCAAGAAUGCAAUAUUUUUUAAACAACAGUUGAAAUAUGAAGAACAGCGUAGACACAAGAAAGACAGCAACAGAGACUCCGUUUAUAAAAGAUUAUCCGCACACAUUCCUACUCUGGAUCAUUUACCAGAUGAGAUAUCUGAUGUUGUAAGGGAAACUGCUAAUAGAGUAGAAUCUAUGAUGAAUCAUGCCAGAUAUUCUACAGAAGUACAAAAAACCAAUUGAAUUUUAAAUGAUGAUUUAUUAUAUUAAAGUAAGAUAUAUUGUUGUAAAAUAUUAAUAAAAUCACUAUAAGUGAUAUCAUGUUAUCAAAACUUUAUGUAUAGUUAGAAGCUGUAUAAAAAAUAUAUAUUUAAUGUACAAUAUUUAAUAAAGCUAUUGUUACGCAUGCCCUUA